AUGGGAACAAUUCAAUCUGCAUACUCCAAUUUCAGUAUCCCUCCUGGAGUGAAUAAUCCCGGAAAGCUUUGAAUUGUCCUUGCUGCUCUGAUUUACUCUGCGAAGAUUUUGGAAAAGUUGGGAGUGUGCAGCCAGAUCGCCUUCGCCCGCUACUUGCGGUCGGGAAGGAAGCUCGGGCCGGAGCCGCGGCUGUCGCUGAGGGACGCGCGGUUGGGCCGGGUGCCGGUCGGGCUCUACCGGCCCCAGGCGCCAUCUGCUGGCCUGAGGGCGGCCGCCAUCUUCCUGCACGGCGGCGGCCGGCGGUACUGCGGCAUCGAUUCGUAUGAAAAGAUCUGCCGUUACAUUGCCCAAGAAGGCGGGUCGGUGGCUGUGUCUGUGGGGUACCGCUUAGCUCCUGAGCACACCUACCCGGCUGCGUACGAAGACUGUCUCAAUGCCACCAUCCACUUCAUGAAGGACAUCGAGCACUAUGGCGUGGAUCCUGCCAAUGUCAUUGUCUGUGGGGACAGUGCUGGGGGCAAUCUAGCAGCUGCUGUUAGCCAGAACCUUGCAGGCAGAUCAGACCUCCCCAAACUACGGGCCCAGAUCUUGAUCUACCCAGGCCUUCAGGCGCUGGACUUCAAUUUACCAUCCUAUCAGCAGAAUCGGGGAGUCCCUCUCUUUUUCCGAGAACGUGCUGCUUUCUAUGUGUUACAGUACCUAAAUGGGGAUGCAUCAAAUCUAGAAGAGGUCUUGGAGGGUUCCCAUAUUCCUAUAAAUAUGAAGUUAAAUUACAAGAAGUGGGUGACUCCAGAUAAUAUCCCUGAAAAAUUUAAGGUCCGAGGCUACAAACCACACGAGCCCCGUGAAUUCAAGGCUGAAGUUUACAAGACAGUGAAAAGACUCUGCGAGCCCAACCUGUGUCCUCUGCUGGCUGAAGAUGCUGUUAUUCAGCAGCUGCCUGAGUCUUUCAUCUUGACUUGUGAGUAUGAUGUGCUCAGAGAUGAUGGCUUGCUUUACAAGAAGAGACUGGAGGACAACAGUGUUCGAGUGACCUGGUACCACCUUGAAGAUGGAUUUCAUGGAAUCAUAAGCCUAUACGAUUACUGUGGUUUCUCAUUUCCAUCUGGGAAAAGGGGGUUGGACAGAAUUGUUAAAUUCAUAAAAGGAUUGUAAAAACAGCUGUCUCUCUUUAUGCCUUUCCUACUAAUGCCUCUGUUUAGGCUCCCAAACUUCAGGUAGUACUUAUUAGCAAAAAUGUGGUAUCUGUUGAUGUGUAAAAUACCAGUUUUGAUGUUCAUGAACUUGUCUUUGUCCUCAUUAAACUAUUGAUAGUUUAUUCUUUACAGUUGUAAUCUUUGCCACAUGCUGUGUUUCAAUCCCUUUUCUUUCAAAUCAGCAUCUGGUUAAUUCCUUGUAUUUAAUUACCAGAUUACUUACUUCUAUGUAAAUAAAGUCUGUGGAAUUAUUUGGAUUAAAUAACUCCUGUGAAUUACA